AUGAAUUACGCUUAUGUGAAAACAAUGGCCAAACAAUUAACUGUAUUAUUUAUACCAAUCAAUGCCGUCGGACACUUGAACGCCUGUAUAGGUAUAGCCGAGCCGUUGAUAGAGAAGGGACACCGGGUUGUGUUCGCAGUGGAGAACAGGUUUCAAACACUACUCGAGCCCUUUGGGAUUGAAGUGAUUAGUUUCACUAAUAAUCUCACUGCCGCUGACAAUAAUCCGGCCAAACAUGAGGCCAAACAUGAGGCAAAACAUGAGGCAAAACAUGAGGCCAAACAGGAGGCCAACCAAGUGAUGGCCAGCGGAAUGUUAAGCGAUUUGCCGCCCAUUGAAAGGUUGCAACAAUUGUUCAAAUAUAUGAGUUUAAGGAUUGCCGGACACAUAGCGAUUGCCGGACACAUAGCGUUGGACCGGGAGGUGGAGACAAUUGUAAAGCAAAUUAGUGUCAAUCUUAUUGUUUUGGACCAACAUUUUCCCCUACCAUAUGUCGAGGCCUGUGGUAUACCAAUUGUGUGGGUCCGCAGCGGUAACCCAUUGAUGCUGUUGGACGACGAGCGCACACCACCAGCUUUUUCGGGUUUACCGAUUACUAGCGAUAAGAGUGAAUGGAAACGCUUUCGCGAACUACGGGUCAACGCCGAGGACAGGGAGGCCUGGAGUCGACUAAAUGAUUACAUUAUUAGCCGCGGCUGUGCGCCAAUAAACCGGGACAUUCUGUUUAAUCCUAAUAUAUCCCAAUGUUUGUCCAUUUAUGGCUAUCCCCUAGAGUUGGAUUACCUCGAUGUCAGACCUCUGCCCCCGAAUUGCAUACGUUUUGAUAAUUUAAUGCGAAAUGAAAAGCACUCGACGUUUGUAUUGCCGGAUGUUUUAACCCAAAAAUCGGACGAAAAAUUAAUCUAUUUUUCAUUGGGAUCUAUGGGUGCGGCAAAUGUAGACAAUAUGAAGAGAUUGGUCUCAAUUUUGGGCAAAUCCCGGCACCGGUUCAUUGUGUCCAAAGGGCCCCUUCACGAGGCCUAUACUCUGGCCGACAAUAUGUGGGGCGCCGGGACUGUACCGCAGUUACAAGUGUUACCAUUAGUUGAUUUGGUGAUAACACACGGCGGCACUAAUACAGUGUCAGAGAGUGUGUAUUUUGGGAAACCAGUGAUUGUAUUGCCGUUUUUUGGUGAUCAACACGACAACGGCCAGCAGAUCCAACACAAGGGUUUUGGUCUCACUUUAAACGCCUUUCGUUGCACUGAAGAGGAGUUGUUGGGAGCCGUCGACCGACUACUGACUGAUGAGGCUUUGAACCAAAAGUUGGCACAAAUUGGCGAAAGAAUACGAACUGAAAAUAGUUUAUCAAAAAUUCCUGAAAUAUUUGAAGACUUUAUCGCUAAUCGACAUAAAUAUAUCAAAUGA